AUGAACUUGGAGUUGGCUUCAGAUGGAUCCGAGGACACGGACGCCCAGCUGCUGCCCGGAAGUACGUCCGCCACUCGCAAACGGUACGUCUUUAUGCAGAAAUUGUGUUUUUUAGCCUGGAUCAGAGAUUAAUCUGGGUUGUUUCCCUAGUCUCUGAAUAUUUAUACUAUAUAAAUCAAACACGUUCUUGUAUUGUUAGUUCCUCAUCUGAAAUAACUCUUGGCCCUCUAUCCAGAAUUGACUCCGUUCAGCUUCCUGCCUGAUGUUUUCCAUCUGUUUCAGCCGUCGAAUACGAAUUCGUCGUUUGGCCAUAAUGAUUCGCUUCAUUCAAGUCGCUUUCUUCGCCAUCGUCACGAUCUCAACUAUUUAUUUCAUCUACAGUUUGAAUAGCAGUAAAUUUAAUGAUAACUUUACCUCAAAAAUAUCAGCAUCAUCAGAGCGGGCGGAAACAGAAGCCAAACGUCAUCAAAUUAAAUUAAGAGUGAGCUACUGACAAAGAAGAUUACAUAACAAUAAGCAUAUCUUUAGACAAGUGAAUUACCCCUCCUUUCGAAUAACUCUGAUAUAUCCGACAUUACCUAUACUAGACCACUCAAUGCUUCAACGACAACCUCUGAUCCUAUGGAAGUAUAUCGACGGUUCACAGGAGAGUGUAGAUUGCCAAAGAUCGAUCCGUUUGAUGAGGAUAUUCUCGCCCGAUUGGACAGUUCUGUUAACCCGUUAAGAGAUUGUGUUCCACAAGAAGGUCUGAGGACAUAUUUGGAUGAACAGGAUGUUGUCAAAGUAGCCGGCAUUAAUGAUACGACUAUCAAGUGCUAUUUCCGGUAAGAUCUAUCAUGUUUGGUAAUUGUAAAAUAUAGGAUAUUUUGCUUGUUUUGUUAGUGAUCAAUUUCCAUUCCAGAGCACUCUACCAAUACAGCGAUAAAUGGUUGGCUAAGGGCAGUUGGGUAGAGAUAGAUCUCAAAAAAGGGGUCAAAAUUUAUAGCGAUAUCAUAGAAACCGGCUGUUAUAACAAUGCGCAGGAGAGGAUUACAAUCGAUCUUCAUUGGACUAUAAUUCCAAAGUAGACAGAAAAUUUAUGACGAGUUUCUGUUUAGAGAAAAUCCAAAAUCAAACGAAGAAUCGGACCGGCCUCCAGACGUGUUCAUCAUCUUGUUGGACUCAGUUUCCAACUCUCAAAUGUAUAGAUCUCUCCCGAAAACACUCAAAUUCCUGAAUGAAAGUUUGGGGGCAACUUCGUUUGAAUAUGUAAACAAAGUUGGUCUAAAUAGUAGACCUAAUGCGAACGCAAUGUUGUUAGGUAAGGAUAAUUUCGGAAAUGGUAUCUUUAUCAUGGGCUUUAAAAAUUUUUGCCGAUUUCGAGUUUUUACAGGUAUGCGGACCUACGAUCUUCAUCAAAGUCCAUUUGGGCCAAUUGUCCAAUUCGAACGGGAGUUAUGUAACACAUCAAUUAAUCGAGAAGAUUAUAUCGGAUUUAACUAUAAGAACAUGGGAUACAAGACGUUGAUGGCCGAGGAUUGGGCCAUGGGAGUUUUCAAUUACUAUCGGUGCACCGGAUUUUACGAUGCCCCUCCCGCUGAGCAUUACAUGAGGUAAAUUUUGCAAAAAUUAACAAAUUGUGGACUAAAUUUAAAUAAUUUUAGACCAUUCCAACUCCGAAUGGAAGAAGAAACUUAUGCCGACAUGGUCAAGUAUAUUUUCGAUCCCAAGUGUCUGGAAUACCACCAUGUUUUGAUGAAUUACACCGAAAAAUUCAUGAAUAAGUAUCCCCAUGAUCCCAAAUUUAGUAUCACUUGGAUGAGUGAGAUCGCGCAUGAUGACUCCAAUGGACUCUAUAGAACAGAUGAUUUCUUUUUAGAUUUUUUCAAAAGGAAUGAAAAAAAGGUAAGCAAAUUUUACCCUAUUUUAGUGUUUAGUUCGACAACUCGUUCGUUUUCUUCAUGGGAGAUCACGGAAGGAGAUAUGGACCUGUUAAAGAUACCAAAUACGGAGCACUGGAAGAUUAUAAUCCGGCGUUGAAAAUAAUAGUCCCAAAAAAGUUGAGGGCAAACAAAGAGUUCAUGAAAAAUAUGCAGAUUAACUCCAAGAAAUUGAUCUCACAUUACGAUUUCUAUGCAACCUUGGUGGAGAUCUACAAGUACGGGCCAGAAUGGAAUGAAAACACGACUUUCGGGGAUGUGCUCAAUUCACAUUGGAAUCGCGAUCUGAUCGGGUCAUCGUUCUUCCAUCCCAUGAAGGAACCAAGGAAUUGCGCAACUUUACUUAUUCCAUUCGAGUUUUGCAUCUGCGACUUUGGAAAGCACGAGGUGGAGAAGCCAGAGAUCGCCAUAUUAAUUGCAGAAAAAGCAAUAGGCUUAAUGAACAGUCGACUUCAAGAACAUGACGUCGCCAAAGUAGCGUGUGCAGCGUUGAGGUUGAAUACAAACGAGAAGCUGAGACUCCAAGAGGAGGAUGUAUUUGGAAAAGCAGUCUUUCAAGUAGACUUUACCGUCAGUCCAAGCGGCGGACUGUAUUAUGCAACGGCUGAAGUAUGAUUCAAUUAUUGGAAAAUAAUUUUUGCAAAUGAUUUAGGUAGAGACCCUACCAAAUGGGGACUACAAGGUCGAGAUGAUAAGUGAUGAAUUCCCAAGGAAAGACCGCUAUGAAGAGCAAGCCAAAUGUGUGGAUGACAAGCGGUUGAAGAACUAUUGUUACUGCAAGUCCAAAUGA